GAACUAUAGAUUUUCAGUACUUGCAGUGUAUAUCGGAACGCAGCCUUUGUUUAUUACAUAAAAGUUGACAUUCAAGUUAUGUGAACAUCCUGUUCCGCAUAGCUUUAAUUUUUAAAAGUUAAGCGAUCGAGGAAUUUAUUGAUAUAACUGUUACGAGUUGAUAUGGUAACGCGUGAGUUACUUAUUCCGGUUCGGCUUUUUACCACGAGAACGCGACGAAAAUGUGGUGAAAGGAAAUUGGUCAAACGAAUUUAAACAUUAAUAAUUUAGCAAUAAAGUCAACAGUACUAAUCGGAUAACAAUGGCGACGGGAGGUAAAGGUAAGAAGAAGACUGGUACAAAGACAAAUGGAAAAAAUAAUGGAAAAAGCAGUAAAGGUAAUGGCAAAAGUAAAGGAUCAAAGAAAUCGAAAAGAAGCGGAGGAAAAGCACGAUUUGCCAUGGACGUCUUUAACGAGGAAGUGAUGGAAAAUGCUUAUUACACAUGUCACAACAUCAUGGAUGUACUCAAGUGUCGAGGUUUCCCAUGGCCAGAUGCUCAGAAGAAGAAAGGAAAGAGGAAGAAAUAAAUACUUAGUUGCGCGAAUCUGAAACCAUAUACUUUUAAAAUAUCUUAGAAAUGGUUUUAAUGUAAUACAUAUAUCUAUAUAAAGCAUAUAUUAAGUGAAUUGUCAAGGUUUAUCUUAAUGCUAUUAUAUCAACACUUAAUACUACUUAUUAAGAAUCAGCAUAAUUUACAAAAUGCUAGCAAAAAUAUAUUUAUCUUAUUAGAAUAUCUUUAAUUCCUAUUGUUCCCUACGUUUUAUAAAAAUAAUAAAGCUUGAGCAUAUUCUAGCUA